CAUUGCACACUCAUUCAUCCACAGGGCUAUUAUCAUGCAUCCAAUUAACUUAGCCGCUGUUUUUCUCCAACUUGCUUCCCUCCCCUUUAUCCCACUGCUGCUUUCACCGGCCAUAGCCCAAACACCCAGCACUAACACCACCACCACCACCAUCACGAAGCCCGGAUGCCCGCAAAAAUGCGGGAACCUGACCGUUCCAUACCCGUUUGGAAUCGGACUAGGAUCGGGUUGCGCUCUGAACCCGAGCUUUGAGAUCAACUGCAACACAUCGCACAGUCCUCCCAUGCCUUUGAUAGGGAACAUCCAAGUCUUCGACAUCUCCGACGCCCACGUUUGGAUCUCCAACGUUCUUGCUUUAAGAUGCUACACCCCGACGGGGGGCUUGCUCGGGGAAAUCCCGGCGUGGACCAACCUCGGCACUUCAAGCCCGUACACUUUUUCCGACAAAAACAAGUUCACCGUCAUCGGGUGCCAAGACGCCGCCAUCAUGUCGGGAAACAACCCCUUAACCGGUAAGACCUUCGCCAACGGCUGCCCCGCCGCGUGCACCAAACCGGAGGACGUGCACGCCGGAAGUUGCUUAGGUUCUGGUGGUUGCUGCCAAAUUACAAUCCCGAAAGGAUUGAAGUCUUUUAACGUAAGCAGAAUGUUAAGCUUGAACAACCAUACUGGUGUCUGGUCCUUUAAUCCCUGCUCGUUCGCUUUCCUUGGCGAGGCGGACCGGUUUAGCUUCCAAGGAGUGGAUGACCUUAGAGAUCUGAAUUUUACCCGACGGAUUGUGGAUAGUGUUCCUAUCCUUCUUGACUGGGCUAUCGGUAAUCUUACCUGCGACGGCGCACAAAAGAGCAACGAGUAUGCGUGCAAGGGAAAUAGUCACUGCGUUGAUGCCGACAAUGAUUCCGGCGGAUAUCGUUGUAGCUGCGACCAGGGUUACCAGGGCAAUCCUUAUCUAAGUCCCGGCUGCCAAGAUAUUGAUGAGUGUGCAGAUCCUAAUAAGAAUGAUUGUGAGGAAGUAUGCACAAACACAGCAGGGAGCUAUAGAUGUUCUUGUCCGGAUGGGUACACUGGCGAUGGAAAAAAGAAUGGAAGUGGUUGCAUUGCCCCUAAUAAUAAUUCAGAGUUCCCCUGGAUCAAGUUUUCUGUGGGACUUGGAGUUGGCUUUUUGUCCAUGGUAAUUGGAGUAACAUGGCUAUACUUCUUUAUCAAGAAAAGGAAACUCAUCAAACUCCGCGAGAAAUUUUUUCAACAAAAUGGCGGUCUAAUCCUAAAACAAAGAAUCACCACAAUAGGCGACGGUAUAGAGGCAAUCAAAAUUUUCACCGCUAAUGAACUGGAAAAAGCUACCAACCACUACUCAAGUGAUCGGGAACUUGGACGAGGAGGAAAUGGCAUUGUUUACAAAGGCAUCCUACCAGAUAACCUCAUAGUCGCCAUCAAGAAAUCUAAGAGUAUGGAUGAGACCAAAAUCGAAGAAUUCAUCAACGAGGUGGUCAUCCUCAGUCAAAUUAAUCAUAGAAAUGUGGUCAAACUUCUAGGUUGUUGUCUAGAGGCAGAAGUUCCCUUAUUAGUGUAUGAGUAUGUCUCUCAUGGAACUCUCUACGAGCACAUCCACAAACAAGGUGGUUCAAGUUGGCUAUCAUGGGAAAAUCGUUUAAGAGUAGCUACAGAAACAGCCGGUGCACUCGCCUAUCUCCAUUCCUCAGCAUCCAUGCCUAUAUUCCACCGAGAUGUAAAGUCAGCCAAUAUAUUGAUAGAUGAUCAUUACACUGCCAAGGUAUCGGAUUUUGGUGCAUCUAGAUUAAUCCCUUUGGAUCAAACCCAUGUGGCUACGUUAGUCCAAGGGACGUUAGGAUAUUUAGAUCCUGAGUACUUUAGAACAAGUGAAUUGACAGAAAAGAGCGAUGUGUACAGCUUUGGAGUAGUUCUCUGUGAACUUUUAACUGGGCUGAAACCGAUAUCUAGAGAAAGAAGCGAGGAGGAGACGAAUUUAUCAGCAUACAUGGUGAUCUCCGUGGGUAAGAAUCAAUUGUUCAAGAUUCUUGAUCGUCGUGUAUUAAGGGAAGGGGCAUUGGAGCAAACUCAAAAAGUUGCUGAACUAGCAAAGAGAUGCCUCCACAUGAAUGGCGAAGAUAGGCCUACAAUGAAGGAAGUGGCCAUGGAGCUUGAAGCUUUGAGGAAGUUUAAUAGACAGUCAUGGAGUCAUGGAGAGCAAGUGCAUGAGGUUUUUGGUGGUCAAAUGAAUGAUGAAGAUGGACCGUCUGACCUAUAUACACUCCAAAUCAAUUCUUCUACGUUCACUAGUGAGUAUUCUGGACAAUACACCUCUUCUUCGGGUAUGAACCUUUCCACAAAUAAUAGCCGAAGGUGAUUAAUUUAGAUGAUCACACUUGACUUAUUUGUAAUCAGGAGUGCUUUAAUUCACUAAGGUUUAGCA